AUGCGCGAAGGUGAAAUAGAGUUGCUGAGGGCGAAGGCUAUCAGGCGCGUUUCUCCCUGCCCACCCCUUUCUCGCUCCACCUUCCCUCCGUUCCUUCUUACACACUCUCCCAUAACACAUCUACUGGGUAUCUGGGGCAGAUCUUUCAGCAGCAUCUUUCAGGGUCUCCCCUCCCUGCAUCCUUGCUUCCCUCUCUCCCUCCCUCCCUCCCUCUCCACCUCCUUCCCUCCCUCCCUCCCUCCCUCCCUCCCUCCCUCCCUCCCUCCCUCCCUCCCUCCCUCCCUCCCUCCCUCCCUCCCUCCCUCCCUCCCUCCCUCCCUCCCUCCCUCCCUCCCACCCACCCCCCUCUCCCCCCCCCCCUCCCCCUCCCCUCCCCCCGCCCUCCUCCCCCCUUCCUCCCCCUUUCGCCUUCACGGGCACUGUCCCUUACGCGAUUGCAGGGUGCUUCAGCAGCAUCUUUCAGGGUUUCCCCGCCUUCGCUCUCCCUCCCUCCCUCCUUUCAGCAGCAUCUUUCAGGGUUUCCCGGCCUUCCCUCUCCCUCCCUCCCUCCUUCCAGAAGCAUCCUUCACAGUUUCCCCCGCCUUCCCCCUCCCUUCCUCCUUCCAGAAGCAUCCUUCACAGUUUCACCCGCCUUCCCCCUUCCUCCCUCCUUUCAGCAGCAUCCUUCAAAGUUUCCCCCGCCCUUCCCCCUCUCUCCCUCCUUUCAGCAGCAUCCUUCACAGUUUCCCCCGCCUUCCCCCUCCCUUCCUCCUUCCAGAAGCAUCCUUCACAGUUUCAGCCGCCUUCCCCUUCAGGAUCUCCGACGCCUCCCCGUCCUCCCGAUCCGUCGCCACUAACGCCAUGGCGAUAGCGAUGCCGGCGCCGACUUAUUCUUCCGACUAUUACUCCGGUUACCCGACCGAGUCUCUCCCGCCGACCCCGGUAUUCCCGUCGAACCAGGCGAUGUCGCAGUUUCUGCAGUCGUACGGUCGCAUGCUGCAGCACGUUCAGGCGAACGGUCGCAACGAGCAAGCAGGCGACGCUUUGGUGUCGGGCGACUCUCUCGCAGCAGCCGGUGCGACGGUGGUCGAACGGGUUCAUCUUGGACUUAACGCGCUACUCGGUCACCCCGUUCAUGGUGUGCAAGGAGGCCAGAGGUGGUGUGAGAAGGAGAUGCAGGUAGAGCGGUGCUUAGCCGAACUCGAGAAGGACAUUGACGGCAUGCGUUCGGCCCACGAGCGACCUCCGCGUGCCGCUACUCUCACCCUCGCCUCCGCUCACUGCUACGAAGCCGCUCGCCUCAUUCGCACCCUUUGA